AUGACGAGCCCCUCUCUCUCCAUCGCGAGGCACAAACUCGCCAACGGCAAGACCGUCUCCCUCUCCCGUCUAGGCCAACAACUGAUCAUGACGACCCAACCGCAGCCUCCUUUCGAAGCCCCGACCGCAGGGAUCGAGUUCCGAGUCGAUGAGGACGGUCCGAUUUGGGCCGUCUUGUCCAAUAUGGUACCGGAGGAUCCGUUCCCCGGUUAUUCGACCGACGGGAAUGAGAUGUUCUGGGUAUGUACUCCGCGGUAUACGGGAACGGAGCCCACAGGCUCUCUCAACGAGGGGCUGGGCUGGCUCCUGGCUUGCGAGCUGACGUACGACCUCACUCUCCACCCUACUCCCAGAUCAAGACGUAUUCGGAGAACAAAGGCUUACUAGAAGAAUGCAUCAAAGCAGGCUGGCUUAGACCGCAAGUAUCUUCACCUCCUCCACCUCACCCCAAGACCCCACCUGAAAACCCUACUAACUCAACCCUCUCACUCCUCUCCUCCUCCCACAACAGAACCGGUCGAACACACAAACAAGCUUUCGUUGUCUACCCGAUGUGUGAACUCCGAUUGGACGAACAAGCCUUGGCGCGCCAUUGUCCGGCGUGCAAUCGGUACGAGUCCAUCUUGGACGAGCAGCGGUUCAAGAGGUGUGCGAAAUGCCACAAGAGGUAUUAUGUGAGUCAUGCGAACGGAACAAGGCGAACACCCUACGAAUUAUAUCACUGAAUGAGCUGUGGUUCAUCAUCGGCGUGGCAUUGGAUAGUGCUCAGCCCAAGUGAGUCACGCCAGUAUAAGUAGACUCGGAGAGUUGUCCCUUGACGUGUACUGAUCACGUGCCCGCCUUCCGGCCCUUACUUCUCCCUGCCUUCAGUGCCAGAAAGACGACUGGUAAGUCCUUUCAGCACUCGGCCAAUCCAAAUCCAACGAAAUAAUCCUAAAUAUUCCCCACUCCUCCCCGAUAGGCCCUCGCACAAACUCGACUGCAAGGACCUCCUCGCCGGUCGCUUGGCCCAAGUCGAGAACCGCAAGCGCAACGAAACGAGAAACUUCUUUCAAGAGAUGGCCGGCCCGAAAGCGUUCGAAGAGUUGUCGUUGUAA